AUGAAAACGUGCCUUUUCUUAGUUGUGCUUGUUUUUCUUGUUUCAAUUGAAGCAAAGAAUCUAUGUCGGUUCCCGAAAACUUGGAAAGCCAAAUACGAUUUCGAUUAUAAGAAACGUCCAAGUGAAUGGGCAACUACGAAUGCUAAAACAGAUUAUUAUAAAUUGGUGCUGUCAUGGACACCUUCGUUUUGUAAAGAUUUACCAGCAGCACAACGAAACCGUACGUUUCAAUGUCAGUACGAUGAUUUCGGUUUGAUUGUUCAUGGUUUCUGGGCUCAAUCAAAAACUGCGAGAACAAUGAAAAAUCAUCCACGGAAUUGUCGCGAUGAUAAACAAUUACCUCUAUUGACAAUCAAACGGCACUUUUGUAUGAUGCCGGGUGAAUCGUUAAUUCAAGCUGAAUGGGAAAAACAUGGUACAUGUUCAUUUCGUACUGGUGAAGAAUAUUUAAAUACAAUCGAGCGACUAUACUCUCAAUUAAUAAUUCCGGAUAUCAAACAACUCUUACGUGAUCCACGUGUUGAUCAAUACAAGAUUAAGAAAGCUUUCUUAGACAAAAAUCCCAAAUUAGGUGUUAAACAAAUGAUUGUUUAUAUGAAAGGCAAGGAACUAAUAGAUAUUAAAAUAUGCUAUGAUCUAAAAUUAAAUUUUACAAAUUGUUACCGAUAA